GGCAGCGGCGGCGGCGGCAGCAGCGGCAGCUCGGGGUCCAGCCCGCGCCCCGCACAGCCUUCCUGGAGCCAGCCCGAGAGCUGCGCUCGCCCGCCCGUCCUCCCUAGCUCCCCAGCUCCCUCCAGCCCGCGCCCGCCCGCCGGCCCGGGACCCUCAUGGAGCUGCUGGCUGCCGCCUUCAGCGCUGCCUGCGCCGUGGACCAUGAGGGCUCUUCCUCGGAGAGCGACCCCCGGGACUCGGCGGGGGGGCACCUGGCCAGCAGCGACUCGCCGUCCACCCCCGGCACCGUGGCCACCCCGGAGGAGUACCCCGCCCUGGCCACCGACAGCCCGACCACUCUCACGGAGGCCCUGAAGAUGAUCCACCCCAUCCCCGCCGAUUCCUGGAAGAUUUUCAUCGAACAGAUAGGACUCUUGUAUCAGGAAUACCGCGACAAGUCCACGCUUCAUGAGAUCGAGACCAGGAGGCUACAGGAUGCCGAGGUUCAGGUGGACGUGGAUAAGUCGCCCGACAGCGAGGAGACCCCGCCGGAAGAGGAGCCCGCCAGCUCCCCCGAGAAGAAGCCGCUGCCCCAGAUCUGCCUCCUCAACAACGCCAACUCCAGGUUCAACCUCUGGCAGGACCUUCCAGAGAUCAGGAGCAGCGGCGUCCUGGACAUCCUGCAGCCCGACGAGAUCCGGCUCCAGGAGGCCAUGUUCGAGCUGGUCACUUCCGAGGCCUCGUACUACAAGAGCUUGAGCCUGCUGGUGUCUCACUUCAUGGACAACGAGCGCCUGAAGAAGAUCCUGCAUCCCUCCGAGUCCCACAUCCUCUUCUCCAACGUCCUGGACGUCAUGGCUGUUAGCGAGCGGUUCCUCCUGGAGCUGGAGCAUCGCAUGGAAGAGAACAUCGUCAUCUCCGACGUGUGCGACAUCGUCUACCAGCACGCAGCCAAUCACUUUUCUGUCUACAUCACCUAUGUCUCCAACCAGACGUAUCAGGAGAGAGCGUACAAGCAGCUUCUGCAGGAGAAGGCCGCUUUCCGGGAAGUGAUCUCCCAGCUGGAGCUGGACCCCAAGUGCAAGGGGCUGCCCUUCUCCUCCUUCCUGAUUCUGCCCUUCCAGAGGAUCACUCGCCUGAAGUUACUGGUACAGAAUAUUCUGAAGAGGGUGGAAGAGAGCUCGGAACGGGAAUGCACGGCCCUGGACGCGCACAAGGAGCUAGAGAUGGUGGUAAAAGCAUGCAACGAAGGUGUCAGGAAGAUGAGCCGGACAGAACAGAUGAUUAGUAUUCAGAAGAAAAUGGAAUUUAAGAUCAAGUCUGUGCCCAUCAUCUCUCACUCCCGCUGGCUUCUGAAGCAAGGGGAGCUACAGCAGAUGUCUGGCCCCAAAACAUCCCGGACUCUUCGGACCAAAAAACUCUUCCGAGAAAUCUACCUUUUCCUCUUCAAUGACCUGCUUGUGAUCUGCAGGCAAAUUCCUGGGGACAAGUACCAGGUGUUUGACUCGGCUCCCCGGGGCCUCCUGCGGGUGGAGGAGCUGGAGGACCAAGGGCAGACUCUGGCCAACGUCUUCAUCCUGAGGCUGCUGGAGAACGCAGACGACCGGGAAGCCACGUACAUGCUGAAGGCCUCGUCCCAGAGCGAGAUGAAGCGCUGGAUGACCUCCCUGGCCCCGAAUCGCAGAACAAAGUUUGUUUCCUUCACAUCCAGACUGCUUGCAGACUGCCCCCAGGUGCAGUGUGUCCACCCCUACGUGGCUCAGCAGCCGGACGAGCUGUCCCUGGAGCUGGCCGACAUUCUGAACAUCCUCGAGAAGACCGAAGAUGGUUGGAUUUUUGGGGAGCGCCUUCAUGACCAGGAAAGAGGCUGGUUCCCAAGCUCCAUGGUGGAGGAGAUCAUGAACCCCAAGAUCCGAUCCCAGAACCUCAAGGAGUGUUUCCGGGUCCACAAGAUGGAUGACACCCAACGCAGCCAAAACAAAGACCGGCGGAAGCUGGGCAGCCGCAAUCGGCAAUGACCUCUCUCCCCGCCGCGCCCCGACCCCUGACCAGGGACGCCAGGGCCAGUGAGCAGGACCGAGGGGGCCUGGAGGGAGGGGGAGAUGGCAGACUCAGGGCGGGGACUAGAGAGGGCUUAGAGCUGGGAGGGGCCCGGGGGAGGGGCUGAGCUUCCCAGUGUGGACCGUGUCCACCCCAACCAAAGGGACGCUGCUGGCUGCCGCGUCCAGAAGCCGCCUCUGCCCUUCCCCUCCCCCCUUGUUAGAGCCUCCUGGUCCCUCCGGUGGCAGAGCAGUGGGGGAGGGGAAGAGCGGAGAGAUUCCUCCUUCCGAGCUCCUGCCUUCUAAAGAGCGAGCCCGGCGGGCUUUCCGCCCGCCGCGUCACUGCCUUCCUCCCUGCCCCCACCCUUUAGUGAGUGUGAGAAACCUUCCACUGCAUGGGCAUGAGGGCACCCGGAUACCCCAAGCACCCCCACCCCCACACCGCGUCCCAGGGGCUCCCCAGAGGCGGGAGCGCCGCCGGCCCGUUCUGGGCCCGGAGGGUUUCUGCCGCGGGCAGUUUGGUACCAGAGGGGAAGCCCCGGGCCCGAGGGCGUGUUCCGUGAGGAGAGGAGGGAGCCCGUAGGCCCCGAGGGGCGCGUCCCCGUGAGGCCGGGACCGUUAGGAGCAGGAGAAGCCCGUAGGCCCCGAGGGGCGCGUCCCCGUGAGGCCGGGACCGUUAGGAGCAGGGGAAGCCCGUAGGGCCCAAGGGGCGCGUCCCGGUGAGGAGCGGAGGGAUCCCGUAGGCCCCUGGGGCUCCCGGACUGCUUCGAGUCACUUUGGAAGCUUGGAAAACCGUCCCUGGGCCAAAUCUGCGCAGAAAGCUGCUUCCUCAUCCCCCCCACCCCCCCAGCAUGCCAUUGCCCCUUCCGCAGAGGCGCUCCACGUGCCCCGCCCCCGCUCCCCGGGACUGCAGGCCUCUUACAGAACGGUCAGACGAGGGCUUCUCCGGGCCCGCACCGGGGGCUCCUGCCGGCACCGAGGAGGAGGAUCCCAGCCGGCUCCUCUGCAGCUCCCGCGCUUCCGUCCGCCUCGGACAUGCAUCGGCGUGGAGCCCCGGAACUGGAGCCAGGGCCCCCCUCCCCUCUCCCAGUGCAAAGGGCGGCCUCUGAGCCUCGGCCGGGGCUCCCACGUCUAAGGGGCCGGGACACAGGAUCGCAUGACCACCCUCGCAUGUUCUGACCUGGGGGGGAACAGCCCCAGCCUGGGCUGCACAUCCACCUGCCUGGGCCCGGGCUCCGGCCGCGGGAGGAGGCUGCGACAAGCCAGGCCCGCCCGCCCUCCCCUCUGUCGGUUCCUGCCUCUCUUUGCCCCCAUGUAUAUUUUAAAUGCCUUUUUGUUUCAUAAAAUAUAUUACAUAUGGUGAAA